AUGAGAGUUGUUAUUGUCACAAGAACAAACCAAUUUUUCAUUGAAGUAGGUACUCAAGAAACAGUAGUUGAAAUCAAAAGAAAAAUAGAACAAAUCCAUGAUGUUCCAGUGGCUUCACAAAUCCUAACAGUUUCAGGGUGGGAACUAGUGGAUGGAUUAGACAUGGAAGAUUAUCCAAUAGUCACUGAAGGUACAAAAGUGUACCUCACCAUCAAACUAGUGGAGUCACAUACUAAUCAUCCUAACAAAAUGCAAAUCACAGUAAAAUUUUCAGCUAGACAGAUUAACAUAGAGGUGGACAGAACAGAUACUGUUCGUAGCUUGAAGGAAAAGAUUCAUAUUAUUGAUAGCACACCCAUCAAAAGAAUGACACUUUUCUUUUUAGGGAAAGAAUUGGAUGAAGAUUUUCGAAAUCUGAAUGAGUAUGGCAUACGUGAAUUCUCAGAAAUUGUUGUGUUUCUUAAGACAAUGAAUCGGUCAAGAGAUGAUCCUCCUGCAAGGAAGUUAAGCUUAGUGGUACAAACUUCCUCUAGUUUGCUUAAUGCAGCCACUAUUCCAUUGGAGAUGAGAGAUGCAAGCACUGUCAAUGAGUUGAAGCAGUUACUGCUAAGCAGAAAAAUUCUACCAGUUGAUGACUAUUUGUUUGUACACAGGCAGAGGAUCAUGCGUGAUAGUUGUAGCCUCAGGUGGCACGGAGUUGAAAAUGGUGACGGUCUCUAUGUGUUUAAAGGUACAGUUAGUCGUAGUGGUGGGCAUGCAUGA